CCAGAACCUGGCACUCAGACACCACCAGACUUCAGAGAAUCCAGGACUGCCCCAUUCCCACUAACGUCACACCCUCCAUCCAACACAGCCAAGGCUCCAGCGAAGCGCAGGAGCAGACCUUUUUUAGCCUGGGAUCCCUCCAGCAAAAACCCCUUCUCGCCCCUCUUCCGCGCAUCCCAAGAAUGCGGCCCUGGUCGUCCUCGAACACAACCCACCCCUUGUCUCGUUUCAGCCCGCCCGUUGUGAGGGAGCCGCGGCAGCGACACCCCCUCGACCCCUGCCUCUGCGCCGCAAAACCACCCGCCUCGCCUCUCUUUUAAUCGGCGAUUUCUGUUUACGCUCUGCGCUCCCGUCCGAGGUCCAGAGAUUCUUUCUUUUGCCGUCAGAACCUAGCGCAGCAGAAUAAAACCAACACUGGACCGACUCGAGGCCCAACGUCGGCUGCGCGCGAUCCAAGCUGCCAUCAACCUCGGCUGCGCCCACUCAGCCAAGACACCCAGCGCCACCACCCCCUGGGCGCCACGCCCCAGAGCAUUUGAUCUCUAAUCCCCACUCUCUCCGCCAAUUCCGAGCGGCCGCGACCCACGGAUCAGACGAAAACCCUCGACUGCUCAACCAACCAUCUCGACCGAGCUGUUCUUCCUCCUUACCAUUGACACCCCAAACGUCUGCCAGCCGCCGCCCUCGAUUGAUUACCACCCGCCGACCGACCUAACGAACCCCCAUCACACUCGCUUUCUACCUGCUGUUUGCCGGCGAAAACAGUCAGCUCCGUUUCGUGCGCCCUAGAGGCCCUUUUUUUGCAAACCCAUUCAAUUCCGUGACAGAAUCAAUCCCGCACCUGCGACCGCCCGCCCAUCGCCGAUUCCUCAAUCGACCCGGCCUCUAUCGACCGCACACAAACCGGACAGGCCCGGCUCCUCGCGCCGAGGGGAGUCGAUUCAUCCCCGCCCGACCUGGCUUACCAGCGUCAGGACUCGCGAGGGUCUUCUCUAGGCGAAGACCCGGGCGUCUCGCAGAGCUUCCCGUCGACGCAUCCGCACUGGUCGAACCAGCUCGACCAACCGCGGCAACCCCAACAACAACAGUCGCCGUUCGACAACCCAGCCUACAUUUGUCGAGAAGAACCGGGGGCCACGCCUUCCGCACCCCGUCGCAAAAUGUUCGGCUUUAUCGCGACGAAAUGGCCGAGGCUAUUCUUCGCCAUCACGUCCUUCCAGGCCAUCAUCUGCCUCGUCUUUGAAGGCUACGUUUUCGGCCGCUUCGAGAGCGCAGUAACAUACAUUCCAUAUGACAAACAGUCUUCUCUAGAAGGUGCACCAGCCCAGUCGAUCCCGACAUUUUUGGCACUCUUCAUCUUUGGUUUCUUGUUCCAGGUUGUGCUCGUCUGGGAUGCCCUGCGGAUGAAGAACACCAUCCAGGUCAUCGGCAUCUGCGUGUCGAACCUGGCCAUGAUGCUGUACACGGUCAUCCAGAUCGACCAGAUCAAGUCGGCUAUCGACGUGCUGUCCUCUCAUGGCCGCCUGCAAACCAUGACCGCGGCCGAGCUCUGGGGUGACUGUCAGCCACUCCUCAUCGCUAUCCCCAUCAUAGUCGCCCUGUGCACUCUCGGCAUGGGCUUCGUCGCCUGGAAGCUGUACCAGGAGUUCGCCUGGGACAUUCUCAAGCACAUCGGUGCCGACUACAGGAUGAAGCGGCGCUUCCUGCACUACCAGGUUUACAUCGCGCUCCUCAAGUUCGACUUUUUCUUCUUCCUGGGCUUCACGGUCCAGUUCCUCGUCAUUGUGGGAGGCUCUUCGGGCGCCGAGACCAUUCUGACGGGCGUGGCAAUUCCCUUGACGAUCGCGAUCCUGCUCUUUGCCGCCUUCUUCACUCGCCGCGAGAACAAGAUCGGCAUGGGCUGCAUCAUGGUUCUUUACUUUGGUGGCCUGUCGUACUUCUUCUUCAAGCUGGUGCGCAUCUACCAGCCUGGCCACAGGGACAAGUACAAGGCCGUUGAGCGGUCGCUGACGGCCUUUGCCGUCCUCACCAUCAUCCUCAUCAUCUUGACCAUCACCAACGCCUUUGUCUGCAUGAACAACUUCGGUGCCGGCCUCAAGAACCACCUGAUCAACUCGCCUAAGCAAGACGAGGAGAAGCCUGACGCCCACUCCAUCAGCCUGCACGAUGUCAAGCCCCAGCUCCCCAGCAGGAUGACCAUCGACUAAGCGUCUCCAACGAUACAUUAAUGUCUUCCCUCUCUACGGCAUCUCUUUUCUGUCGCCACCUCGUAUUACACAUUCAAAAGCAGUACCAGCCGCAAGCAUCAACAUUGUCGCCACGGCCCAUCGUGGCAACUUUCAUUUCCCCCCUCCAUACGCUACCGCACACCCGCAAGGCAUCUUUUCUAGUUAUCGUCGAAGGGCUCUUUGUUGCAACUUCGUUGUCUCCGUGCCUGCCUUUAUUACCUUUACUACGCUAUGGAGGCUGGUUUUGGGCGUCGCGUUCCUCGGACCGGAGCGAUUCCGUCGACAGGUACCGCCCGAAUAUACAACGUCCACGACUUGACGAUCUUUUCCUUGCUAGACAGGCGCAGCGGAGCCAGCGAUGAGGGAGGAAUGUGUCGUGGGGGGAGAAUUAUCUACCCCAAAUCACCCUGCCUUCCCUCGCGGGUCAAGCUGCUGGUGUUUGUUGACCUUGACUUGGUGAGGUCGGAAUCAGGGGAGUUGGAGGAAAACGAGAGCGGAUUUUGCCUCCAUUCAUUUCCCCACCGUCGUGAGGGAAUCAUACCCGGCUAUCGGCCACUUUGCAUUUUCUGCCGUCUUUGCUUUUAUUUCUGUUAUUGUCUUUUAUUUCCUUUAUCGCACUUGUUCCUUGCGUUCUUCUGCUAGCUAAGAGCCAAUUGCUGCUUUGUGAUUUCAACGUCAACGAUUCCCCAACCCCAGGCUAGGAAGUCUUUUGUUGAUCUAUCUAGAGGUUUCCAUACUCAAUACCACUAGGAUCCCUAGGUCCUCAGCCAACUCGUCCCGCCACCUAAGACCUGUUUGCCCCCAUGCCCUUGGUGUUUGUCA